GACUCUCGGAAGUCAAGACAUAGACUCUGGUGAGUUGAAUAUACGUGGAAGAGAGACGCAUUCGAAACGCGUAACUCCUUUUACCGAGAUAUCUGUGCGCCCAACAAAGACAUCGAAAGGGGCUAACCUGCAUCCACUUCCCAACCCAGCAGGGAAAGAUACAGUACCAGGCAAGAUGGCCUCAUAUAUUCAGCUCCACACGGAACUCGACACCCGCGAUUGCAAUCCGACUCCACAGCAGCGAGCGGUGUACAGUUACCACGAAGAGAUCCACAGCGACGCGGCAGACGACAUCUAUUCAUUCGAAUGGUUUGAACGCACAAAAUUAUUCUUCAAACAGUUUGGGAGACCUGAAAAACGAGUAACGACACUCAGAACUUGGGAAAUGGUUGAGGAGCUCGACUUUGGGGCCUUUUUUCUAGCGCACCCUGUGGCUGCUUAUUCGCUUUGGCAUUUACUUCAGGCUUGCUAUGAUCUGGAUCGUGUUGUCUGUGGAUGUUCGCAGGAGGAACUCGCUAAACGGAAGGCAAUGAAACCAUUUGUGUAUUUGCGAGCGAAAAGGAUCCGGAUACAGUGGGUUAAGUCGCUCAAACAUCUGAAGGAAAAGAUUGAAUGCGGGACUCUUGAGGGGGAUGAGUUGGUUCGGACGCUCUAUGAUAUACUUUGCGGGGUGGAAAGACUUGUCGCCUCUUCAACUGCCUUGAAAGAGAAUUUCGCGGUCAAUCUUAAAGAUAUGAUAUUCGUAGAUAAGAUGCUGCAGAAGGUUACGACUUUCGUUGACGACAGAUGCGGCAUGAUAGCCGCUCACUUGAAGCUCGAAGAGAGCCAGGAGACUUCGAGACAAGAAAAUGAAAGCUCAAGUGAUGAGGCUUUAGAUGACUCAAUGUCGAAUCUGCAAAAUAUAUCAGAGAUCAAAUUUCCUACCAUUCCACCAAAACCAGCAAAUGGUUCACGGAAGAGGCCAAAGAGACAGCCUACGUUUCCAAAACCUAAGGGAAAUGAAAUCUCAAUGAAGUCUCAUAGCAAUCCAGCAGCAACUAAACCAGCGCAAAAGUACAACUCGCUCUAUAGUUUGAUCGAGUUACUUAUGUAUGCUUCUUUGUUUACCGCUUUUGGGCUGGCUAUAUAUACCGUACUGCCUCUCCUACAGUCCCAUGGUUUUCUCACGCCUAAUCUAAUCACUCCUGGCGGUCUUUUGUUGUAGGAUUAUGUAUCAUUUCUAGAGAGGGGUUGCCGCUACUGGCGGAAUGUAAUUGUACCAAAAUACAGGGUUCGUACGCAAUGUAAACGGCGUGCUUCAGUGUUCGAUGGGCUUCAUAAUCGAGUCUAUUGACGCCCGUGUCGGCGUUGGAGGCACACUUUGUCUGUGAAUACAGACUAGUGAGUGAUUUUACUGC